AUGUCUGGACGUGGCAAGGGUGGAAAGGGACUCGGAAAGGGCGGUGCCAAACGCCACCGCAAGAUUCUUCGUGACAACAUCCAGGGUAUCACCAAGCCCGCCAUUCGUCGUCUCGCCCGUCGUGGUGGAGUAAAGCGUAUCUCUGGUCUUAUCUAUGAGGAGACCCGUGGUGUCUUGAAAAUCUUCCUUGAAAACGUCAUCCGAGACUCUGUCACAUACACGGAACACGCUAAGCGCAAGACGGUUACUGCCCUUGAUGUGGUGUACGCCUUGAAGCGCUCUGGCCGUACUUUGUACGGUUUCGGCGCCUAA